AUGCACAUUUUGACUGUGGUUAUUGCACUUGCCGUGUUUCCGUCGUGUGGAGGGCUUUUUGGCAUAUUUGGUAAAAAACAAAGAGUAGUUGUAAAGGGCGAAGUCGAGUGUCAUGGGAAGCCAGCUGAAAACGUCCGACUUGUACUGUAUGUAAAACAUUGGCUAUACCAAUCUAAUAUGGAUAAACACACGACUGACAAAACGGGACUGUUUGUGCUAAAUGGAACGCAGAGGUCUAUAUGGAAGCUUGAUCCAAGAGUGCUAAUAUACCACGAGUGCUACCGUAACAAUGCGACAAAAUGCAGCCUACGAAGAACUUCGCUGAUCGUUCCUCGUGAGAACAUCACUCUUCAGGGAAAAAUGGAAGAGGUUUUCUUUGAUUACGGAAAGAUACCGCUUGAAAGCCCACUUCUCAACACUCUUUGCGAUCAUUGA